AUGCAGGAAGAAGUAUUUCCUCCUAUUUCUCGUUCGAGAAGUACUCCCAAAAUACAUCCAUUAGAAGAUUUCUUUGAACUCCGUGCCGAAAUUGAAAACAUAGACCCUCAAUUCGACAAUUAUAUUCAAAAUUCAGUAAUUCGGUACAUUCCUAUACUGGAUAAACACAAAAGAACACAAUUCGAAGUAUUAAUUCAACAAGAAAAUCGAUUAAAAUCCAUAUUCAACAAGUUUAAUAUGAUUUCUUCAGAAGAAGAACGACAUUUUAUUGAUCUACCGCAAUUUAUUAUUAAUUCAAAGUACUCUAGUAAGUUCUAUACGCUGGUAAUCUCAUACUACAUAUUUUUAUUGAGUAUAGAACGAGAAUUACCAAGACAAGAUUCUUAUAAACUAUUUUUACUAGAUGUUUUCGAAUCACACAAUCAAUAUCCACGAAAUCUUACUUCCUAUGAAUUCUACGUUUUGAAAAAGCUAAUAAAAGGUUCUUUUUACCAAAUAGAAAAAGAAUACGAUUAUGUUCUUCUAGAAUCAUUUAUGAAGUACAUUACUAAGCUUCAAUCUAUAUCAUUCACGAUUGUACGUCCUCUGUAUUCAUAUUUCAAGGUAAUUCGACAUUCUCAUCACAAAAAAUUAAUUGAAGAGUUAAAAUUGUUUUUACUUCAUUUAUGUUUACGAAAAGACGAAAGCGUUGUUACUACAGAUGGAUCCUACGUUAUUUCAAUCAUAUCAAACGAUUUGGCCGAAUUAGAUGCAAUAUCUCUUCAAAUUCUCGCCCAUUUGACACAUUGUACAUCUCUUAACAAUAUAAUCUUGGACGCGUUCAUGUCUAUACCUCUACCUUUGUUUACAAUGAUUACAAGACAUUAUGAAUUUUUAGAUUCACAAUACAAGGAACCGGAAUAUCCAAAAGAGAUUCCCCCUGUAAUAUACAAUCUCAACGGUUUCAGUUUCAUGGAGAAAAAACGAUCAGAAUUUAAUAAUGGAUUUAAUAACCCAAAAUUUAAUUUAAUUGCCACGAAAUCAGACAUAACAACAUAUCUACCAAAGCACAUAAAAGAGGCCUGUCUAAAGAUUGCUUCUUGUUUUCAGGACGUUGAUUCAAAAUAUAAUGUUCAUUUCGUAAAAUCAUUAGUCAAAAUACUUGAAACAUCCAAAGGAACAUUUUUUCAUGUCGAAAUGUGCACUGUUUUCCUUUAUAUCCUUCUUUUAGUGGCAUCUGUUUAUCCAUCGAAAAUUACUUUGAGAUUGUUCCUUGAUACGGCUCUGUUCAAUCCAGCAAUAACAGUAUUCGACAAAAACAAUAAAAAUGAUCAAAUUAUGACACUAAGAAACACAUAUUUUGAGUUAUUAUACAAAUGUGUGCCAAAUGAAGUUUCUUAUGUUCUGGAACGUUGUAAAGGAUAUCCAUUGUUGUUUGCUGAAGUUAUUCUUAGAAUUUACGAAGAUAUUGAAAAAUAUGAUAUUUUAAGAUUCGUAAAAGAAGCAGCUCUUAAUAAUAUCAUACAGACUGCACAUCAUCUAUUACAAAUAUAUGAUGAAAAUGUCGAUAUCUUUGAAGCAAGACAAAUAAUUUUUAUUUUUAUGUCUUAUUUAAUAGAAUCUCCUCAAAGUGCAUUGGCAUGUUUCUCUACUAGAUGUUUUACAGAUGGUUUCCUAUGGUUUGUCUACGAAGAAGACAUAACAACCACAAUAAUCAGAUUAAUUAGGGAUGGAAUCAGUAUUUUACCUUUCUCUCAUACUCUUGAAAUGACUGUUUCAUACAUCAGUCUUUUGUUCAAGUCAUUUAAGAGAUACAUUGAAACAGACAACAGAUAUCUCAUUUUGGCCGAAGAGUUGGCAACGAACAUUGUAUAUGCAUUACGUGUGAAUUCAGCUCUUGCAACUCUUUUUGAACCGAAUUUGCAUCAUUUCCUGUUGUUAAUUCAAAAAAUUAAAUCAGAAAAAAUUAUUGAUGCAUCGUUCUACUUCAUUGACCUUCUAUCCCACAGCCAGAAGAACUAUAGCAUCAAUAUCACAGCAUUACGUGACUUUACGAAGGCAAUUAAAAACACUUAUGGAGAUAACCCUCCAUAUUCCGUUUUUAAGCACUUACAUUCACUUCUAUCCGGACAAUAUUCUAAAUUAGAUGACUUACAGUUCAUUAUUCGUGAAAAUUCUGCAAUUCCGUUGAUGAUAUCUUGUUUUGGCUGUUCCAACUUGUUCCCAAAGAUUCUCAAGGAGUUCAGGAACCUCUGUGAGUUCUCUUUUUACAAUAAAACAGCCUGCCACAAUGGAGAUUUGGACUACAUUUUACUUAAAUUCGUUUCAAAACGAAAAAGUCGGGCCAUUGUCUCAUAUAAGAGCGUUGAUAUCGAGAUAUCUAUCGAUUUGUCGCUUGUUGAAGAGCUGAUUUUCCCUCUUUUAGUCUUAAUUUCCUCACAAAGGUCAAAUGCAAGCAUUGCAACGCUAUAUAUGAAACUUAUGAUAAGGGAUAUUGAUGAUACAUCAAUUCUCACAUGCCAAACUGUAUCAAUGAUCCUUCAAAACUGUUUUUCAAAGCCAAGACCUUAUAUUCCAAUCGGAACAAUACAUCCUAUCUUCACAGUAUCAAAUAUCCCAAUACGAGGUAUCGAAGAAGGUUUCACAAUUUACUUCAGAUGCUAUGUAGAUCUUCAAAGUCUCGAAUUAACUAAAUCUGUUUUGAAUUUAAUUAAAUUGGUCGACCAAACAGAUACAAAACUCACAUUUUACAUAGAAGGGAAGACGGUCAACGCUUCAUUCGAGACAAACGAUGCAAUUGCGAACGUAAUUCUCGUUCCUCAGGUUCCAAACAACUGGUUUGACUUAGCCGUGUCAUGUAGCUACAUCUACGACUCAGAGGGAUUCCAAUCUAUCGCAAUGGUUCCGUAUUUGAAUGGAACUCCCGAUGUACAAUUCGAUUUAGGUUCUCAAAGCUUCGAAGAAGAGAAUUUGACGCUUGUUAUCGGUGGUUCCGAUGGCGGCGAUAGAUCCUUGAUCACUCAGAACCUCGGAUCUAUCGGAGACAUCAAGAUUUACACUAGAUCUUAUCAAGCAUACGAAAUUGUAAACCUUUUGCAUGCCCAGAGAGACAAGACGAGUGAACUAUUCACUACAGAGAUGAUGUCUCUUGACUCCCAGAAGUAUGAAUACGCGUUACCUUUCGAGAAUUCUCCGAAUGCUUAUAUUAGGUUUGUUUCUAAUGACGCAAUGCCACAUGAUUUCCUUUGGUGUGCUGCCGAUUACGGAAUUGUUAAUGAUUUGGUGAUAUUCUUCCGAGAAAACCCGAAAAAUUGCCCAGAAAAUUUUCCAGGUUUCUUAUUUGACAUAAUGACAUUGAUUUUCAUGUACAGUGAGAAAUCCCAGUCAUCAUUUAGCGGAACUACCGAUAUACAGAGGUUCCUGUUCUCAAAUCCUCACGUAUUAAGCUCAAAUACUUUCUUCUGUACGGUUUCAAUUUUGAAAUCUCUGACCAUUCAAAAGUUGAUCGUCGAAUGGUUGACAAAAAUUGUUUUGAACAUGUGGAUAUGGAUACAAGCUCCUCAUGAAGAUCUAUAUCGCAUUGUUUACUUUCUUUCUCAUUUCAUGUCAAAACAAUUUUUCGAUAUCUUCAGUAGUAUAUCGAUAUUAUCCAUUCUUUGCGACCAAUUUUACCUUUUAUUCUGUUUCCAGAACGAAGAAGACUUCUUAAAAGGAAAUUCUUCAAUAUUAGUACCAGAAAACCAAAAAGCAGACAUGUUUGCGCAUGUUAUUUCAAAGAUGCCCACUGAAACAUUGUUUAAAUGCAGAGAACAGUUCUUUGGAAUGAUAUGUAACUUGAUUCCUUACAAAUGUGACAGAUUCGACAUCCAAACCAUCGUAAUGCAUCUGUUUUCAGCAAAGGAUAUAUAUACUAAGCUCUUUUUCAUGAAAUUCAUGAAUUGUAUCCCUGAUAUGAUAUUAAAAAGUUAUAAUGAGCGAAUGAAUACAGUUACAAGGCUCAAAGAGUACUUAACUAGCACAAAUGUUGAAGUUGUCACCACGACAAUCAUUCUAAUCCUCAGAUUAUGCCCUGAUUUCCUUCAAAUGCUGAGUUUAUCAAUAGUUUCAAUAGUUAAGAACGUUCCAAUCGACCAAUUAUACCUCCAAUUGAUCGAUUACAUCUUCUACUAUCCUUUCCUUAUCCAAGUUGUCUGUUUAAUCGCAAUAAGACUCGAUAAUAAUCUGAAAAGAAAAUGUGUUGAAGUUUUUGACGCUUUUCUUACGAAUUCAGAGGAUUAUUCGGGCUUUGUAAGCAAGAACUGGUUCGUAUGGCCUCUGAUGUUCGCGUUUGGAACAAGUAUUGAUGAACAAGCCGUGAUUGGAACUUUAAUUGGGAAAAUCUUACCGUUUUCCAACGAUUUCGAUGAUGAUUUGAUAUCUAUACUAGCAGUAUAUAAUGCAUUGGAGUCGUUUUCAAGGUCAAAGAUAGAAUUUGUUGGAGUUUCAAUAAUUCAAAAUAUUUUAUCAUCUCCCAAGUUCAAAUCCAACAUUUCUUUGAUUGCAGACACUAUAUUCAUGCAUGGAAAGACCAAUAAUCUUAAUAUAACACUCAGCGAAGAAUUUUCAUGUUCAAUAUUCCACGAAAACGUUGAUUUUGCUGACAAUUUUGAUAAAGAUAGAUACCAAGUGAUGAUAGAGGACAUAAAAACACCGGAUUCUUUCUUGAAUUUCCUCGAAAAAGAUGCGAAAAAUCUGAAUAACAUCUUUAUCAUAAGAACAAACGAGUCAGGCAAGUGGAUUGACAAACAGAAAGCCAUGCUGAUCAAUUCUUAUCUGUUAGAAAACAAUUUACAACUUCAUAACUUAUAUAUUGAGUAUUUCUUGCGGAGAUCCACGAAAGAAAUCAAUUGUGAAGACAUUUUGAAGCAAGACAUGUUCAAUGACGCCAUGAUAACUAACUACAACCAAAAAUACCAAGAAUCUAUUUCUCAAAUCUCCACUUGGUUGAGUUCUCUGUUGAAUGAUGUGACGGCCUUCAAAGAAAUAUCAACAUUAGCAGGCGAUUUUGCCCUUAUAUCCAACACAAGAAUCGAAAUUGACAUUCAAGAGGUCGUAAACUUCACUUUCAUGCCUCCUAAGGCUGAAAUAAUGCUAGUAAAGGACAGGACAUCUUGUUUCUGUCUCUGUCCGAUGAAAUUGAAGCGAAAAAUCCAUAAUCCUAAAAAAUAUUUCGAUCUUACCGAAGAAGGACAAGUUCUUUAUCAACAUUCGUGCAAUUUAAUCAAAUUGAAUUCGACAACUCUAUACAUGUUCCAGCUUUUUACUAACGAAAUCCACUUAAUUUCGUCAGAUAAGGAGAAAACCAUCCAAAAUGGGGACAUUUAUAUGGUCUUGACACGAAGAUUCGAUAACAGAGAGACCGGUAUCGAAAUAUAUCUGGAAAAUGGUCGAAGUUACCUUAUAGAUUUUGUAAAUGACGAACAUCCAACAUGUAUCAACGCAUUCAUGCAAGCGAAGACACCGAAAAUGCAGAUACUUCAGAGAAUGGUCUCAGGAGAGACGUUUGCAAGGAUGCACGCGACACAAAGAUGGCAACAAGGUUUCAUGAGCAAUUUCGAGUAUAUCGUUAAGAUGAAUAUUCUUUCUGGAAGGUCCUUUAACGAUCCUUUCCUUUAUCCGAUCUUUCCGUCACUUUUAUCUGAUUUAAAUAAUCUUCAUGCGAUUCAAGAUUUCACUAACAUCAAAAAAUGGUUGCCACCACUUCUUGAUAGGACAAUAUUACCAAGAGAUCCAUCAAAACCCCUUUCUUCCCUUGAAGAAACUUUGACAACAAAUAAAUUUGUUGCUCCAGACUUCUUUUACUUCCCAGACGUCAUAGAUAACGAUAAUGAGCUUCCUAAAUGGUCUUCCUCCAAAUUCGAGUUCGUUUAUAAGCUCAGAAAACUUUUGGAAUCAGAUUUUAUCACAAAAAUGCUUCCGACAUGGAUCGAUUCGAUCUUUGGCCUCAGAGUAAAACAGAUCCCUCACAGACAAUUGUUCAGAGUCCCUCAUCCCUACAAAUCCUCCAUAAUUAAGAAAUCUUCCAUAGAACCAACGGUUUCCAUAAAUAUAAACAACCGAUUGAUCAGAACUGUCUACACCAUUCUCGAAGAUAUAUCCACAUUUAAGUUCUGCGCGUUGUUGGAUUCCGGUAGACUAAUACAAUUCAACGUCAGUCUUGAAGACCACCUUGUUUUGUCUCAGCCGGAAGUAAUAGGAACUGUUGGCGAUGCCAGUUUCAAGAUCUUCGACUCCUACGAAGAUUAUUUUGUAGCAGCUUCUCCGGAAAAGCAGACAAUCGUAACUGUGAAGCACAAGAAGAUUUCGGAGCCCAUGAAUUUCGCAUUCGAUACGCCAUUGGUCGUUUGCAGCGAAGGACAUGUUAUAUUUUGUCCAAAUCGAGCAACUUUAUCCGAAUUUUCAUUCGAUGGAGACUUGAUUCCUUUCGUUCUCUGCAGAGUAAGAAGUAACAUCGUUUGCUGUGCGAUUGAGCCAAGAUUUAAGUUAUUUGCUGUCGCAUUAGCGAAUAAUACUGUUGUUUCUUAUGAUUUGAGGACAAAAAGGAAGGUAAAUAGUUUCUGUGUUGGCGAAACAGUUCUCAAAGUGUUGAUAACGAAAAGUCAUGGAUUUAUUGUUGUCGAAACACUGAAAGACAUUGUUAUUUUGUCUAGAGAUGCAGAGUACAUAAAGAGAUCUCCAAUUCCUGCAGAAAUAAUGGCGUGGUGGAAGUUUACUUCGCCUGAUGGAUUCGAUUUCGUUGUUUUCCAAGACACAGAAAACAAAAUUGGUUAUUUCGAAGUUUUUUAUCCUGACACUGUUACAAGGUUCUUUGAAACAAGAUCUAGGGUUAUUUGGGCUAAUUAUGACUUCCCUACUGAAAGAUUUGUUAUUAUUACUCAUGAUGGAUUGAUUCACUUCGCAAACAUUCGAAUUGUUCAAUGA